AAGAGAGAUGAGAGGCUGAGUGUGUUUUCAUUCGGGUGUAUGUGCACAUUAAGGUCCAGGAACUCCUGCAGCACACUCACUACAUGCAAUGACGAGACGAUGCUUAAGUUGUAUUCAUUUAAACUCUAGUGCAACGGAUUCAUGUCACAUUUUGGCGGAAACGUUUUCCUUUUUUGCAUACCUGGCGCCUGGAGAAGUGCAAAGCUUAGUGGAUUAGGAUCAGCUUUUUUCUCGUGCAGUUACAUGCACAACGCAAUGCAACAUUUGGCAGAAAAGUAGAAGUGGAAAGUGUAAAAAUAACCCAAUAAUAGGGAUAUGUUUUCCCAUAGUAGUAUAAGAAGAUGUAUUGCUAGUAUAGAAGUUGCUAUGUGCAGUCAGGGCAGUCAGUGUAUAUACCCACAUAUAUUCAUAUAAAAGUAUUCCCACAGUGAACACUGUUGUUGAAUGUUUCAAACUUUAGCUCUAGAGAUGUCCACAUGGGGGUCGUUAUAGGGGGGUUACACACGGAUAGCGUUAUACCAGCUUCUUCGUUUAUAGAGGGUGAAAUGAUUUAAAAUAUAAGACUCAUUUGUCUUAUUAAAAACUUGUGAAAAUCGGAUUGGUUUCGUAGAAUUUGAAAAAGCUCCCUACUCGCUUUGUAGGGUGUCACUACAUAGUGGGCGCCAUUUCUACACCGAGGGUAUCGUCGCAGUUAAUGACGUCACUGUUACUACUGUCGCAUCGUUAUUACGUGUAGCUCCCCUGCUCCCAUAACUUACACAUUACUAAAGCAUGAUGAAUUUGUAAACAAAUACGUGUCAUGUACAUGAGAUAAUAAAAAAGUAUGUUUAAAAAAAAAAAAAAAAGUUUCACGAUUUCGCGACGAAACUUCAAAAUGUCUCUCACGCUGGGUAUAGACUGUGAUUUCUGAUAUUAUCGGAUAUUAUUUGACGUUGUAGUAUUUAUGUUUUCUGCCUUGCUUCCUGAAUUUUAUUGUAAUCCUCGUUGAGAGUCUGUAGGUCCAAUUGUUCAAUAAUAAUAAUAAUAAUAAUAAUAAUUAAACGUAUAGUCUAAAAACACACUAAAAAGUCCUUCACCGGCGAGCUACUUACUUUUUUUUGAGCCGUGAAAAUGUUUCCUGGCGGGACCCUUCUUGUACUUUUCAUAAAUCAGAUGAUUUUGAUGAGAAGAAACCGGCGUAACUUAGGCAGAAAAUCGGCAGAAAAUAGCAGACACAGUCCCGGAAGUCCGCGCUGAUUGGCUCCUUUCUGAUUCCGGGAAAACUGAAUCUCGUGUUGCGCGAUGAGUAGCGCGAGCGGUCUGAAGGAGGCUUCGUACAAAACAAGGCGGAGACUCCACGGUACCGAAGUGUCCCAAAAACUUUAAUCACCCUAAAUUUUUUUGUUUUGGAUCAGUUUUUCAUUAUUUUCACAAUGGACGUAGCAACAUUGUUCGCCUUUGUCGUUAUUGGCUCGUUGACCGGCGACGAAAAACGUCUCAUUAUCGACCAGAUUCAGCUGAUUAAAGUACCAGAAGGAUCUAAUUUGACUCUACAGUGUCGGAUGAAUCCAGAGAUCAACCUAGAGGACUUGGCCUUGGAUUGGAGGAGAGUGGACAUCCCAAAUGUCUCAAAUCGCUUUGUCUACUCCCGUCGAGGUGGGAAGGAUCAUCCUGUGGAACAGAUGCAGCGAUACAAGAACAGAGCAGAGCUGAUUAAAGAGGACCUGACCAGAGGACGGAUGACUCUACUGAUCCCCACAGUCCAGCAGUCUGACUCAGGACACUUCAGAUGCUUCAUCCCAAAGCUGAACGUCAGCUUUGUUUUCAACAUUAAUGUGACGAAGGAUCAAGAGAUGACGACAAAGGGAGAGGAUGUCGCCACGACGACGUCUCCAGGAUACGGAGUCAUGAGCCCUGCUGUGUCCGGUCCUGUAGAGAAGAGAAACCACUGGAUCAUUCUUAGUGUCUGUAUUUGUGUCCUUGUCCUUGUUCUUGGUUUCAUUGGAGUCCUGGUGAAGAACAGAGAGACUGGGAUUUGCAAGAAGCGCAGACGGAGAAUAGAUGAAGAAAUGGGACGGCUGAGGAGAGGAGAAGAUGAAGGAGACAAAGACGAGGCCGUCACCACAGAGAACGGCGUCGGACACCUCCAGCAGGGUUAGCUGUUAUAGCUGGAUGAUAAAUACAGUCAUCUGAGCCAAAAAUACACAUUUCUACUGGUGCUGUUUCCACAUUUAAUAACGUAAAAGCUUUUUAUCCCGUGAUGAACAUUUUUAAAAGCUCUAUUUUAAAUGGAAUGAGGAGGGAUACGUUACAAGUUCACUCACAUGAACAUCUUCACGUCAACAGUAAAAACCGACCAGAUUAGAUUUAACAUGUCAUUCCAUAUCGUACAGAUACACAAUGACGUGUAGUUAGUUUAUGCAUCUAAACAAAAAUGCAGCUAAAAGGUUCAAAUGAAGCUAAUGACAGAAUAAGCUGCGACUAGAGCAUUAAAUAUGGAUCCGAAGGGACUUUUAAUCUGAUCUUCAAAGAUCUGUUUCCAGGUCUGCGCCAUCGUUCUCAAUAACACAAACAAAUGUUUAUUAAUGCAUUAAUAACUCACAUAGCCUUUAUUUAUUUAUCCUCCUCCUGAAUAGCUACAGUUUAUUUCCUCCAUCUGUCUCCUAAUAAACACAAAAUCACAUUAAAGCCAAGAAAAUACCUCAGAAUAUCUAUAAAAUUAAUUGAAAUAGUAGAAAAUUAUUGAUGAGUAUUUUGAUCAUUUAUAUAUUUGUUUACACUGAACUGAGCAAACCUGUGACUGUAAAGUAAUGUGGAUGUUUGCAGUUGUUUUCUUCGUAUCUAUUUUCUGCCUAUUUUUUUCAUCUUUGAAGCACUUUUCUUUAAAUUAUCAUGAAAUAAUAAUAAAAAAUCUCUGUCUAUAA